AUGGAAGCACAAAAUACUUAUCAUGCACAGGUUAUUGAGAUCCAUCGAGAUGGUCAUGAUGGUGAAACGAGUGUUGGUGGGAGUAAGAUUUGUGGGGAAGCACCAUGUGGACUCUCGGAUGCUAGAUCCGUCUCUAAAGAUGCCAAAGAGCGAUCAGCCUCCAUGCGCAAGCUCUUAAUUGCAGUGGUACUUUGUGUUCUGUUCAUGGGUGUUGAGAUUGCUGGUGGCAUUGAAGCCAAUAGUUUAGCAAUAUUGACAGAUGCAGCACAUUUGCUCUCGGAUGUUGCAGCCUUUGCCAUAUCCUUGUUCUCUAUGUGGGCUGCUGGUUGGGAAGCCACUCCCCGUCAGUCCUACGGGUUUUUUAGGAUUGAAAUUCUUGGUGCCCUGGUUUCCAUCCAGAUGAUAUGGUUACUUGCUGGGAUAUUGGUGUAUGAAGCCAUAGUUAGAAUGAUUCAUCCGACAUCUGAGGUGAAUGGCUUUCUAAUGUUUCUUGUUGCCACAUUUGGUCUAGUGGUUAAUAUAGCUAUGGCCAUUCUGUUGGGCCAUGAUCAUGGGCAUGGGCAUGGGCAUGGGCACGGACAUGAUGGACAUGAUGGACAUGAUCACGGUCACAGUCAUGGAAUGACAAUUUCUACUCAUGAUCAUCAUGCUCAUGAUCAUGAGGAACACUCACAUGAACAUGAGCACCUUCACACUCAUGAAGAUCAUGAAAAUCAUCAUGCUGAUGAAGAUCAUGGACACCAUCAUGCUGAUGAAGCUCAUGCUGAGCCACUGUUGGAUAAGCCAAAAGAUGGACUUGGGCAGAAGAAGCACAGGAACAUAAAUCUACAGGGAGCUUAUCUCCAUGUGCUUGGGGACUCUGUUCAAAGUAUCGGGGUAAUGAUUGGAGGGGCAAUCAUAUGGUACAAGCCUGAGUGGAAGAUAGUCGAUUUGAUUUGCACUCUAAUCUUUUCGGUCAUUGUUUUGGGGACAACGAUCAAUAUGAUGCGGAACAUACUUGAUGUGCUGAUGGAGAGCACGCCGAGAGAGAUUGAUGCGACAAAACUUGAAGAGGGGUUGCUGGAGCUGGAUGAAGUGGUGGCUAUCCAUGAGCUGCAUAUAUGGGCUAUCACAGUGGGGAAAGUCCUGCUGGCUUGCCAUGUGAAAAUCAGACCAGAAGCAAACGCAGACAUGGUGCUGGACGAUGUUAUAGAUUAUAUCAGAAGGGAGCAUAACAUCAGCCAUGUGACCAUACAAAUUGAGCGUUAG